AUGGCCACCGUAGUACCGAGAUCAUUGCGAUCCUACCCGCGCGACCUGCGCGUAGUUUUCCCCGCGGGUUUUUUCACUGUGAUUUCCCUUCUGGCCGCGCAACUAUCUCUCGCCCUCCAGGCGCAGCCACCGCAAGCUCCGGGAGCGCCGCAGAAUCCCCCCCAGUUUUGGGGCCCGAUUUGCUUUCUGAAGAACCGGCGGACCCUCUCGCUGCCGACGGUCACCUCUGCCUACAAGUACGAGUGGACGGACCAGGAGCUGCAGAAGGUGCAGCUGCACAUGACGCAAGUGACGGGCUACGUGGAGAUCAACACCACCAGCUGGUCGAAGAAUGAUGAAAGCAACGGUCGGACCCCGUCGCCGAAGAAAUCCUACGGGUACUUUUACCUUGUCUACCCGGACCCCGACUACUACCUGCGACAGGGGGUUCGCCGCGCGUUCUACCCGGAGGACUGUCUGGAUUCGCCCGUGAAAAACUACAGCGAUCUGUUUUAUGCGUUGAAAACGGCACAGGGGAAGUCGUUGACUGAUUCCAAAGCGUACAACAAGUAUUUCAAGACGAACCCGGUGUACGGCUUGCCGAUUGCCUCCGUCACCCACGACAAUGACGCAGACCUGAAGGCGAGGAAAUUUGCCGACCCCAUCGACAAAAAUUUCCCGGUCAACGCGAAUUUCUACGACAUCGAAGUCCAGAAAUUUGACGUCACCAGUGCGGACGCCGGAAAGUGGGUUUUCAUCGUGGUCCUGGUUUCCGUGGUCUUGUCCACGCUGUUCGUUUUGAUCCUGCUGGUGCAGUUCUGGCCGGCGACUAGUAGUACAACAUCAGCUCCUGCUACCAAUGGGAUAAAUGGCGCUCAACAGCAGACUCGUGACAAUGAUCCCGCGGCGGGGGCGCCGCAGCAGAGUUGUGAGGCCGAAAUUGCGCUAUGGGAUGAAGCUGCUGCUGACACGACGCACAAUGCGGAGCUGGCGUCCCCUACAAUAGUACCCAAUGUUGCGACAGAAGAAGUACUUGUGCAAGGGGAAGCGAUCACAAGCCCAGCUGCGAACAGUACGACAAGGUACGACAGCGACGAUCGGGAGAGCUCCAGGGCAGCGUCGAAGGAAGCAGGUGAAGUCCUCUCGACGGCGUUGGUGGAAAACAAGCCUGCAGUUGACGUUCCGCAUCCUUCAAGAUUGGCGAGGGACAAGGACAAGUACUACGCCGGUGGUGAAAUGAAUCAAGGCCUCCUUGCAGCAGCUGGACAUCAUCACCAAAAUGAACCGCAGCAGCAGGAGCCACGAGGAACGCCACCUCGCGCACCAGAAGCCUUACUGACUCGUGGUGGAACCAAUGUCAGCCUCGGAGCAGCCAGCAGUGCGGUGGGCAAAGCGCACAUCCCGCCUUUGUCUGACGCCGAAGAUCUGGACUUCGUGCAGACAAACAGAAACGGGACGAGGCGAGCCGAUUUAGAUUUUGUGCAGAACGGCCGACAGUAUCAUCACUUGGUUGGGGGAAUGAGGGAUUGAUGAAAGGAGCGACAGGGCCGAAAUGGAAAAUUGACGAGAGGAAAUGGAAAGAGGUGGAGAGCGAAAACUGAACUUCUUUUUGCUUUCCAUCAUGUACAAAUUACUAGUACUAGACGAGCAAGUAGCUCCAAAAGCGAAAUAUUAUGACAGUACAUGUACAAGUAAAACAAUGUCGUGUAUGAUUAUACAGUGCUGGAGAAUUUUCUACCGAGAGGCUCCUCACUGUCUUUUGGAUGAUGGAUGUUGGGAGAAGACAUUGAAAAGGAAUUCGGUCCGCGCUCGCAUCGGCACGCG